AUGUCCGUCUGCUUUGCAGCCCACACGGCAGAGGCGACCGGGACGGGAGGGGACAGCCAUCUACACUGGGAGCCUCGCUGCCAACGGCCCCUGCCCAACAGAGCACCCGUCACGGCACUGCUGCCCCCACGCCUCGAUGGGCCCUGGGUCUCCACUGGCUGCGAGGUGCGCCCGGGACCCGAGUUCCUCACCCGUUCCUACACAUUCUACCCCAACCGUCUCUUCCGAGGCUACCAAUUCUACUACAGGGACCCCUUCUGCCGGGAGCCCGCCCACUCCUUGCUCAUCAAGGGCAAGGUCCGCCUGCGCCGGGCCUCCUGGGUCACCCGGGGUGCCACCGAGGCUGACUACCAGCUACACAAGGUGGGCAUCGUCUUUCACAGCCGCCGUGCGCUGCUCGACGUCACCAGGAGCCUCAACCAGACCUGGGCGGGCCAGGACUGUGCCCAGCGGCUGCCCCCGGCCCGGGCCUGGCUGCCCGGGGCACUGUACGAGCUGCUGAGCGCCCGGGCCAAGCGGGACUGCACGGAGGCGCUGGGCUUCACCAUGCACGAGCUCAGCCUGGUCCGCACGCAGCGCCGCGUGCAGCUGCAGCCCCGGGCCGGGCCCCGGCUGGUGGACGAGCUAUACCUGGGGGACGUCCACACCGACCCAGUGGAAAGGAGGCACUACCGGCCCACGGGCUACCAGCGCCCGCUUCAGAGCGCCCUGGUGAGUCUGGGGCCCUGGAAGGGCGGGCACUGA